UAGCAGGAUUGCAAGCAAGGUAGUACAAGUGACAGAUAGAAAGAGAGUUGUAUCCAUUCCAUUUGCUGGUUUAUCAUUUAUGAGCCACAAACUUGACACCGAGUUAAAAACGUAGCAGCAAUAGCACACAAUACAUCGUAUUCGUGUGAGCAUACGAUGUUGCCUCCUUUUGCUGUCGAUAUCAACGGUAUAAAAGAUAAGCUCACUUAUCAGUUCCGCCCUUGGCAACGCUCCUUCCAAUUCUGGGUUCGAGCCAUUGACAUUUACACCGGUUACAAGGUGUUUCAAGUGAGAGUGAAUUUCGUCAAAGAUGCGCAGAAGCAGGAAGCAAUGUGGGAGAAGCAGCACGAGCUUGCCGCCGAUAAGAUUUUCGCCAUGUGCUACGACCUUGGAGGUUUCUUCCUCAAGAUUGCUCAAAUUAUUGGGAAGCCCGAUUUGGCCCCGGCUGCCUGGGUGAAAAGGCUUGUUACGCUAUGUGAUAGGGCUCCUCCAACCCCUUUUGAUGUGGUGAAACUAGUGCUGGAGAAUGAGCUGGGACAGGGUAUUGAUGAUGUUUUUGAAAGGUUCGAUGUCGAACCCCUUGGUUCUGCUUCAAUUGCUCAGGUUCAUAGAGCAAGACUGAAAGGUGAUACAGGUGAUGUUGUUGUCAAGGUUCAACAUCCUGGAAUUCAGGAUCUGAUGAUGACGGAUAUCCAUAACUUGCAAGUGUUUGCAUUGUACAUGCAAAAAACAGAUAUCAAAUUUGAUCUAUAUUCAGUGACUAAGGAAAUGGAAAAACAGAUUGGAUAUGAAUUUGACUUCACGAGGGAGGCUAAUGCGAUGGAAAGGAUUAGAAAGUUCUUGUAUGAAAGUAACAAAAAGACUCCUGUUUUGGUGCCGCGAGUAAUACGAAAUAUGGUUACUAGAAGGGUCCUAGUUAUGGAAUAUAUUGAUGGGAUUCCUAUAAUGAGCCUUGGUGAUGAAAUAGCAAAGAGGGGCAUAAAUCCUCAUGGCAAGGUUGCAGCAGCAGCUAAACAGAAAAUUCUUCAAAGCUUGACUCUAGCAUAUGGUCAAAUGAUUUUGAAAAGUGGAUUCUUCCAUGCAGAUCCUCAUCCAGGAAAUAUCCUGAUUUGUAAAGGAUCAGAGGUUGCCUUGCUAGACUAUGGACAGGUGAAGGAUCUCCCAGAUCAGUUGAGGCUUGCCUAUGCUAAUCUAGUUCUUGCAAUUGCUAACGGUGACCCAUUAAGAGCUUCAGAGAGCUAUAGGGAGCUUGGUAUAGAAACCUUUAGCAAAUGUGAAAAUGAGCUACAAGAAUUGUUUAAACUAGCACAGACAAUGUUUGAUACAAAAUUGCCUCCAGGAGUGGUAAUGCUGCAACCUUUCUCAGAGGAAUCUUCAAUUAAAAAAGUUGCUGUUCAGUCUUUUCCAGAAGAACUGUUUUCUGUACUUCGGACAGUGCAUCUACUGAGGGGACUUAGCAUUGGACUUGGAAUCAAUUACUCUUGUGCAGAACAGUGGAGACCCUUCGCAGAAGAAGCUUUGUCCCGAGCUGGCAGAUUAAAACGUGGCACUGUGACUCUUGCUUAAGACAGGCAUUUCUGAAUGGCAUGCCUUACAUGAUUUCUAGUAUUAUCAUUCGUUGGUUGCUUCUGAUGUGUCUAUUUCAUAUGAAGAUAUCUCUCCAUCCUACUAAACCAACUACAUCUAGUUAUGAUGUCACUUGAUGUUUUCACAGGUAAGGAUGUUAAGCCCAGAGGCAGCAAAAUGUUGAGUAAAAUAUUUUUUUGGAGACACUAAAUAGGCAGGUCUGGAUCAAUCUAGUUUGUUGAUUCUGAUUCACUGGUAACUUCUUGUGUGACGUUUAGGAAAGGUAAAUUCACAUUAUCUCUUAAAUACGGUAUAUAAGUUCGGCAUUGAUUGCGAUCACAAUAAGAUUUGGUGGUGCCUCAGCAAGUAUUUUUUUAUUUUUUUUUGAAUUUUAGAAUGUUUCGGGGUUGUACACAUUUCACAGACAAGAGUAAUUGCAUUGCCAUUAGCCCAUUA